AGACAGUAGCACAUGGUCUGAUCCUCCCCAGCGCCGAGGAGGGGAGGGGCCCCACUGUACAAAAUGAGGUGCGGGUGCGGGUGCGGGUGGGGGUGGCUGCGCCAUACUCAGCAUUUCCACCCGCCCUUUGGCCCAGGGUGGGGGACCUUGGCUGCAGCAAGAUGCUACUAGACACAGAGACAAGGAAAGCCAGCAUCCUAGCCUCGCUCCAGGCUCUGGGGAAAGAUUCUGCAAAUGGGAGAAACGGGAGGAAUCACAGAAGAAACCUAAUCUUUGGUCCGAGUCCUGCUGUGUGUGGCUGCCUUCCCCCUGGGAAACUUCUGCAUGGAUCCAAAUUCACUGAUGGAAUCCUCCGAAGGGGAAAUCUCACAGGAUCACUGGCUCUGGAAAGGGUGAAACUGACAAAAGCGAAGUUGGGGAAAAAGUUCAGAAUUCCUAAAGGCAAAGGAGACAGCAGAUGUGCACUUUCCCAGUCUCUGCAGCACAUCAUGUCCUCUGCCCAAGAAGACCAGGCAUGCUUUAAGCCAAAUCUUCUGUUCAGAUUUCAGAAAGCUGCUAAAAGCAUUGUUAUGCUUUGCUUACUUUACAGAGAGCACCAUCUACUAGCCAACCUCAACUAUGAGAUUGAGAGAGUCAAGCGAUGGAAAUCCCAAUCAAACCACAUGGAACAGUCUAAGGGAGAUAUCCUCUUUGAUGUGACACUAUUCAGGGCUCAAAAACAGUCAAGGAUUUCUGAGCGUGCCAUACAUAUUCUUCGUCAGUGUCCUCAGGAGCGAAGUGAGAAGGACAUCAGCUACAUACUCGUCACUCUGCAGCCCGUGAAGGCCUUUGGAAAUUACUCCACAAUGAUUCAGAAGAAGGUGGCAAAGGCUGCAUGGUAUUCAAGGGAAUCUGUCCUUUCUAGGUAUGAAUCCUGCCAAGUGAUGAUCCAACAGGGCUACACACCACACUCCUUCUAUAUCUGUCUCUCAGGAUCUGCAACAGUUAUCAAGAGGAACAGUGACAGUGGCCAAGUAAAGCCUGCCUGGUUCUUUAGUCGAGGGGAUGCAUUUGGGGAUAGAGAGAUUAUAAAUGGUGACUACUGGCAGACAACAGUUAUUAUUCAGGAACCAGCUGAGUUUCUCUGUAUUGACCGAGAGGAUUUCAGCAAGAUUUUCCUGUCUGGUGGGAAAAACGUGUUUGGAGAUCCUGAGCAGAUGCAGUUUCUGAGAAGUCUGCACUGUUUUAAAGGUUGGCCCAUCAAUCUGCUGGAAGACAAUCCUGGAAAAUGCAUUGUCUGUCACUACAGAAGAGGAACUGUCGUUCUGAGAAACAGUAAUGUGACUGAAUGGAUUUACAUUGUGAAAGAAGGAAGUUGUUCUGUACUGAAGAUUUUUCAAGAUGACUCUUGCCUAAGCAAGAGAGCUCCCGCCAACAGAAUAAUGCAAGCUGAAGCUGGCAUUCACCAAUCUUUGUUGACAAGCAGGACAGACACUCCUGUGAUCAUUGCCCUAGACACCUUGCCGCAGGGAUCUGUGUUUGGACUGUUAGACUUUCUUUUUGAGGAUCAGCCAAAUUUGUGUGUAGUUAGCAAUGGAGCUGAGUGUCUUAAGAUCUCAAAGAAGUUUUAUCUGCAUCAUGCCUCCAAAGAUCUUCUGCAGAGGCUGCGAAAAAAAGAACAUUCCUAUCCCAGUGAGGCAGAGCUAAAGGAACAGCUGCAGCAGGAGAUACAAUGGCAGAUUUUUCGCAAAGCAGCUUUAAAGAGCACAGUUCAACAGAUUGAAUUGAAACGCAAACUGCUUCAACAUUCCUAUAUGAGCAAAGGGCUUUACACAUGGUGUAAGAACUGACGUGUGCACAAAUUUCUGUCAACAGUGAAGCUAUAAGGUACUGGUCAGUACCCACUAAAGCGGCUAAAAGGUCCAUCUCCAGACCACAAAAUCUUGUGAAAGAUGGCGGUAUUAAAUCAGGCCUGUAGUUUCUUCAUUUUUAGGGUAGGCGACAAUGGUGAAAACUUUCAGGGAACUGUCUUUCCCUGUAUUUCUUAAAUCAUUAAAAACACUCUUUCCUUCAUGUUAA